UCUCCAUAUACCCUACACCCAUAUCCGAACUCAUUCUACUCGACACCCCGUCAGCAUUAGAAAAGCGAAUCGGAAUGGUGCGGCGGGAGAUCACGGGUUAUUACACCGGCAUCCACUCCAAAACGCAAGGUAUCAUAGACCGGUGGAUCUCUGUUGAAGAGAAGGUGGAAACUCGCAUAAAAUCCUUCCGUGAUCCUACAGAGCCCUUAAAUCCGGACUGUUCUACACCGGAAUUUCUGCCCUAAUGAUGUCUGUCCUCACUCGCUCGCACGGACUUACUACACGUAUAUUUCUCCCUCCCGCAGCCCUAAUCAGCGCAUUCGCAUAUUCCCUUCCAGGUACCGCUUCUCGGGUCAGUGCGUAUGCCGGGGAGCUCGAAGAUCGGUAUGUUCCUUGCUUUGGAGUGAUUAGAACAACCUCUGUUGCACACAGCGGCAUAGCCUGGGAGCGCGCGAAAGAAGGUGCUGCUGUUGGACGAGACUGCGCAGGACACUCGCAUGACUAUGAUCCACGUUUAUAAUUGCGACGAUGGCUGGCUUGCUGGCCAGCAUGUCAGACUGCGCGUUCUCUUCUCCAACAGAGUUUUGGAAUCACAUCCCCUCACUAUUCUCUCGGCACCACCUUCCCAUUCUUGCUUUUCCUCACCUGGAUUCCUUCUCGCUGCACGAAAUGAUGGAGACUGGACGCGGGCAUUGAAUAGCUAUACUCUGAGGGAACAAGAACGUUUACGAAUCAAUAAUAUGUCGGAG